AUGAUGCUAUUGCUUACGUGCUACCAUCUGCAACUAAAACCGCCCCUAUGCAGGGUUCAUCCGUUGGUGGAAUCAGGCCUCCCAUUGUUGCUUACCAAGUUACCGUCUGCAGUAACUGGCCCUGAACACGACCAUUCCGCCUGGGCGACUGAGAGAGACGAUAUUUUUAUCAACAAACUGUCAGGGCAGUUUGUCAAAGAAAUGGGGGUGACUCCACCAUUGAUUAUCGCAGGGCCGAAACUAUCUGCAAGGCAACCUGUUACGACAGGCUGUUGCAGCAAGGCGCCUUGGGCAAACAGCACUUGUUUCGUCAGGCUCCUACGGCGGUGA